AUGGCGCCUCUCAAUGACGAUGCUGGCGAAACGUUUGACAAUGUACCAAGUCAAUGCUCUGAACCUGGAAAUCACGAAUACUCUGGCAGAGGACACAGGACUAGGUACAGCGAAGAAAAUUCUAAUUCGGGCGGAAUCAUUGAUUCUUAUUAUUCCUCAAUAGCCUCUCACCAAGCGCCUCUGCUGAAUGACGCUUCAUUGAAUGACCAUUCUUCUCAUCAUUUGGCGGACGGUAAUAGCAGCAACUGUGGCAGCAAUAGCGAGGCAGCCAGUAUCGAGGAAACAGGUCCACGCAACGCUGUACGCCGAGUGUUGUGCGAUCUCUUUUCUUCGCCGGAGACCUCUGAUCUCGUAUACCGCAAUGAUGUUGACGUCAUUGUGGAUGUGAUCAAUCGAUACAUUUGUGAUCUUCCAUCAGACUCCUUGGUGAGUAGAAUUAAAUGA